AUGGAAGACCACAGUAGUAGCAUGACUGACAAUUCUUUACAAAAGCUCUUUAAAGGUCAAACACUUAUAUCUUCAUACUUUACUAGUAUGUCCAAAGAGGUUACACAGGUUUCAGUCCAAUCAGACUCCAAUCAGACACAAAUUGAAGCUCAAAUUCAACCAAAAGAAACUGCCGAAGUCGAACAAACUACAGAAGCUCAAGUUGUUUCAGUCCAAUCAGACUCCAAUCAGACACAAAUUGAAGCUCAAAUUCAACCAAAAGAAACUGCCGAAGUCGAACAAACUACAGAAGCUCAAGUUGUUUCAGUCCAAUCAGACUCCAAUCAGACACAAAUUGAAGCUCAAAUUCAACCAAAAACUUACACUCCUACAGAACCAGAAGGUGUCUUCUCAUUCUCAACAACAGAAGCAAGAUAUAGAAGACUCAUUGCAGAUUAUCCAAACAAUUUGUCCUUAACAGACAACAAUGACUAUGAUAGAUAUUUCAAAA